UCUCUUUAACGACCCCGCCCUCCCUCCACCCUCCUGCCGCAGCAUCUUUCUGCUCUCCUCCGGGCGAAGACGGACCCGCCAGGACCGGAACUCGGAACCGAACGGGAACCAUGACGGAAAGCAGUAAAACGCACGUGAUCCUGCUCUCGUGCGGCAGCUUCAACCCCAUCACCAAAGGACACAUCCACAUGUUCGAAAAAGCCAGAGAAUAUCUGCACAAAACGGGACGCUUCAUCGUGAUUGGAGGGAUCGUCUCACCAGUGCACGACUCAUACGGAAAACCGGGCCUGGUGUCCAGCCGACACCGCCUCACCAUGUGUCAGCUGGCCGUCCAGUCUUCUGACUGGAUCAGGGUGGACCCCUGGGAGUGCUACCAGGACACCUGGCAGACCACCUGCAGUGUGUUGGAGCAUCACCGCGACCUGAUGAAGAGAGUCACUGGCUGCAUCCUGUCCAACGUCAACACGCCAUCCUCAACCCCCGUGAUCGGACAGCCACAGAACCAGACCCAGUCCCUCUACCAGAACCACAGCAACAUGAAACACAAGCCUACAGCCGUGAAAGUGUGGGGGAAGCUCAGUGAGAAUCUCAGCAGGAUGUGCUGCGUGCGACCUCAAAUGGAUCGCUUUCCCUUUGUUGAUGAAAACGCCAACCUGGGAACGACUAUGAGAUACGAAGAGAUCGAGUUGCGCAUCUUGCUUCUGUGUGGCAGUGACCUCCUGGAGUCCUUCUGCAUCCCUGGUCUGUGGAAGGACAGUGAUAUGGAGGUGAUAGUGGGAGAUUUUGGGAUCGUGGUGGUACCUCGUGAUGGAGUAGACACAGAGAAGAUCAUGAAUCACUCGUCCAUUCUCCGCAACUUUAAGGAGAACAUCAUCGUUGUGAAGGAUGACACGAACCACCCCAUGUCUAUAGUCAGCUCCACCAAGAGCAGACUGGCCCUGCAGCAUGGAGAUGGCCACGUCGUGGACUACCUGAGUCAGCCCGUCAUCGACUACAUCCUGCAGAGUCAGCUCUACAUUAACGCUUCUGGAUAGACCCACCCCCUGCCUGUUACACACCAAAGCAGGGGAAGCAGAGGUGGGGCCUCCCCAACCGUCAUCCACAGAACAACUCCCCUUCCUAAAAUUUCCUUGUGUUUUGUCCAUCUGGAGCUUCCUCGUUGAAUUUGGCAGCAGGAGCAUCCCCGUUCCUGCAUCUACGUCAUGUGACUUUACCUUCAGGGAGGGAGGGGGGGGGAUGUGUUUUCUCUUUCCAUUUUUUAAAUCAAAGUUUAAGAAUGCAUGACUGAGCAUGCUCAGUGUGCUGACACCUCUUCUGUAUCAGGGUAGAUUUGCACCGUAGCUAAUCAGGGUCAACGGGCUUCAAGCUUGAACCACGGGCUGCUGAGUGUGGUUCCUCUGGUUCCACUGUGAGGUUCCUCGGGUACCUCAGCUUGAUUCCUCUGGUUCCUUUUAGGGUGCAUUUUGUCUCCAGAAGAAAAACAAAACUAUUUCACCAUCUUCUUAAAUGAAGCUAAAUGAUGGAAAACCCCAACUUUCUAUUCAAAAGAUCCACGCAGAUCAGGAAAAGCCCAAGUUGUUUGACAUCUGACUGAGUGAGCAGCAUUUCCUAACUAGCGUCUGCAUUUACAUUUGCACGUGUUUGACUGGCGGUUCUUAACAGAAUUUGAUGAUGAUGCUUCAUGGCUACAACUUAAAUCAUAACUGUAGACCUAAUAUGUUCUUUAUCGCGACUGCAGCCCUCCUCUGAUCACAAAGGUGCACCUUAACAAGAACUAUUGAGAUAAUCUGAGCUAGCCUAGCAUUCUGACUUGGUUGUUCUCUCUGUGCAGAUUCGUCUUCAUUUUUAACUUUGUAUUUCUAACAAAAAAGCAUCCAAAGAGCAGAAAUGGUGUAUUUUCCAUCCUCUGCUGAGCUUCAAACCUAAACACUUAUGGGAAAGUUUGGUAUCAGAAGCUGAAUGGGUUCCUGCAUAAACCUCAAAGUUUUCUGCAAGUUCAUCAAAGACCAUAGUUGUAUAGAUGUUUCACAAAGACUUUAACUGCAGGGUUCUCAUGGUGAUGGCACCAAAGGCGACACAGCCUGAUGAAGACGAAGCAGUCCUCUGCUGAGACCUUCUUCUGACUUGGUUCUUAGACUGCAUGCUUCAUUCUGACAGAUUCGUUCUGGCAUGAAUGUUUAUCACGUGUUAGCUAUUAUGGUUUGUUGUGAUCGUGUUUAAAAAAAAAAAGAAACAUAAACAAAAAAACGCAGCUUUGGAUGGCGGCAGGUUUUGGAGUUUUGCUGCAAAUGGUCCGGCUUGUUUUUGGGUUCUAGCCGACCUUCUUUCAGAUGCUGUGACUUUAAACUAAAAUGUGAUGGGUUCUGAUUCAUCAGGAACCACGCAGCGUAUGCAUGAAAAUGACUCAAUUAUGCUGUUCUCAAGGUGUGUCAUAAGUUUACGUGCUUUUCAAAUUGUUGUGACAUGAUGCCCCCUGCCCCCAGAAUAAAGUAUUUUAAUUCUAACACA